ACCAAAAUGUGUCAUAGUGUUUGAUAAAAGUUACUCUUAUCGAUAAAAUGUUACUUUAUAUUGAACAACAUGAAUAUUCAUAACUGAAGACCCAAUCUCAUAUCAAAGUUCGCUCUUGGCUCGAAUCUUUCUCAGGUGACUAAUUUCUCGAAAUCGAAUCGUUUAGUUAGUUUAUCUAUCCGAUCACGGUGUAAGCCACAUAUGGUACUGUACUAUACAUAUGUAUUAGAAUAAAACAACCAGUUUAUGUGACAAAACACAAGUAUUUAAUUAUGGGGGAUGAGAAAUUCCACCAAGCUGCAAGAGAUGGUUAUUUGGACUUACUUCGUAGUGCCACAAAAAGGGAAUUAAAUAGCACGGACGAGGAUGGAAUGACCGCUACAUUGUGGGCUGCAUAUUCUGGAAACUUGGACGCACUAAGACAAAUUAUUGGUAGAGGUGGUGACCAUAACAAGGCCGAUUUAACAGGAUUUACUCCACUGCAUCACGCCUGCAAAAAUGGACAUGAAAAUGUUGUUCACUACUUGGUAAAUUUUGGAUGUAAUAUUUGGGCUCUUGAUAACGAGUACCACACGGCUUUAGACAUUGCAAAUCUUUAUGACAGAAGUGAUAUUGCGCAGUUUUUGGAUAGUACACAUUCAAAGCAAGAAUCUAAAAAUCCUAAAGUCGUUCAGAGUUUAAAGGAAAAGGCGACGCGCGAUGCGGAAAACAAUGUGAAAAGGUACGAAAGAUUGCAAAAAGAGGUAGACCGAUAUGUAAAAAAACAGGAAAAACAUCGUGAGGAAAGAGAGAAUAAUGACUUCAAAGCUCCAACGAAAGGAGGUUUCUUUAAAACACUGACUAUAAAACUUAAAGGAAGCCAACGAUUAGCCAAUAAUAAAAAGUUUCAACAACAUUCAUCAUCGUCCAACUUUUCCGAUUUGGCUAUCGGAACGGGUAAAAGGGGUGUCGCGAAAAAAAUUGCGAUGAGACAAAUGAGUCAAGAAGGAGGAGGAACUUAUGAUCCAAAAGAAGUAGGUACCAGUGGUAGGAGAACAUUAAGGUCAUUGGCACCUGGGUCAAUGUUAGUUCAAGCCGGAUCAGCAUCAGAUGUCAUGUAUUUGACCAAUCGUGAAAGUGAUACACAAGGAAUACGACCAGCUCUGAAUAAUGUUUUUACAGGAAUGCCAAGUUCGAAGAAUAAAUGGAAAAGUGAUUCUGAUUUACUUGACAGUGGAAUCGAUGAUGUUGAUGAAGAAGAAGAAAAGCCAGGCAUAUUCAAUCGUCCAAUGUUGGGGAAAAUUUCAUUUUUAAAAAGUCAUACCGGAAUGUCUGGAACAUUUACAGGAAUGACAAAUGGUCAUCGGUCUGCGUCUGCAGACGACCUUGAUGGUAUUGAAACUGUUGUAAAUGGCUACCAAAAUGGCGACGACCACUCAAGCAGCGGAAGUGAAGACAUGCAAUUUGCAUCACAUACACAGAUGAAAGAUGUUCCAUGGGAGGCUGACGAAGUUAUCGAUGACGACGACGAUGCGACACCGCUCGUCCGAUUCCUCGAAACAUGCGAAUUAAGUGGCUAUUUACAUAUGUUUACAAAACAAGAUAUUGAUUUGAGUAAUCUGUCUCUACUCACAGAUGGCGACCUUUUAGAUCUAGGAUUACCAAUGGGUCCUCGUCGUGCUAUACAACAUGCACUGAAACAACGACAAAAUGUUUUAUCGCAACCUCGACCAAUUGUUGACAGCUUUUUGUAGCUUUUUGUAGACGGAAUUUAAAGUGAUUGUUUUUUAACUUGCCAAAAACUUAGACUUUAACCAGCAUUUUUAUUAACUCUGUGCAUUGAUUCGGACAUGAAUGUUGGGUUGAUGGUUAAUUUGUGUAAAUGGUGGUUAGCUAUUGAGAAAAUUAUAUAUCUUUAAACUACAAGUUUUUUUGAAAUAAUUGAUCUAAUAUUUAAAAGACAGUAAAUUAGAAACAAUGAAGAGUAUUGUCUCAAAACUGUAGAAGUGAACUUCUUCAACAUAAUGUACUAUCCUAGCCUAACAGUCAGACUGUAGACCAGUCUAGUCUGUAUAGUUAUCCAUGUGUAAGAUGCUCAUUAUUGUUAAUAAAUUCAAUCUUUUAAUAAAAAUGUUUAAAUUCCCGG